AUGACCCUGUGGGACCGACGUGAUGGGCGCCAUAUCCAGGACGUGACUGUGAGAGAUGAUUUUAAGUGCACAGACCAGAGGAGUUGUGUGUCCAGAGCUCUGGUGUGCGAUGGCCGCUCUCAUUGCGUCGACGGCUCAGAUGAGGUCAACUGCCCUGCUGUUGCCUCACUUGUAACUCUGGUGAAUGCUCUCAAGUGUCGCAAGGGCUCUAGGCUAUGUAAGAAUGGCAUAGAGUGUGUGUCGUACAGCCAUAUGUGUGAUGGGGAGAGAGACUGUAAGGAUGGGUCGGAUGAAGAGGAAUGUGAGCAGGACGUGAGCUCACCGAAACCAACCACAGAUGUAGCUAAUAAAAUUGCUCCUGUAACGGCAAGUCCUGCCCCAUCCCUGCCUGCCUGCACCAGCCCAUCUGUCCUUUGUCCCCAUCCUUCUGGUCACCUCUGCAUCUCCCCAAAGCAGUUUUGCAACGGGAGAGAAGACUGUCCUGAUGGCUUUGAUGAAAAUAACUGCGUGAAACGAUGUCCCUCAAAAACCGAUUUCCGCUGCAAGGAUCGUAGGAGCUGCGUCUCAAAGAGCCUGUUGACUGCCCGAGUGUUGCAAUCCCUGCUGGCCAAGCAAAGGCCUUGA